AUGGGCCACCCCUCGCUCAUAUUCGGUGCUGCAUCCAUUGGAAUGGAUUUCAGCAACAAAGAAUCCGUCCAAAAUGCUCUCGAAGUCUUGAAAGAGUUGAAAAUUUCCCAGAUCGAUACCGCAGGGAGAUAUCCACCCACACAUCAUGGAAGAUCCGAGGAGCUUCUUGGAGAAGUAGGAGCUGCAUCUCAAGGCUUUUCUAUCAGUACGAAAAUUCUUGCUACAAAGCUUGGUUAUGGAAGUGGAGAGCUCGAAGCUUCGGCUAUAGGGAAGUCGCUUGAUACAAGCUUCAAGCGUUUGGGCGUUGAUCAGGUCGAUAUCUUAUAUUGUCAUCAACCUGAUCCGACAACUCCAUUGAAAGAGCAAGCAGAAGCUUUCAACAAUCAUUUCAAAAAGGGGUCUUUUAAGAGACUCGGAGUCUCCAACUUUCCCCCUAAGUUACUCCAAGAUUUCAUCCAAGUAUGCGAGGAAAAUGGCUUCGUGAAACCGUCUGUAUAUCAAGGAGACUACAAUCUCAUAACUCGGGGCAUGGAGAAAGAAUUGCUCCCUAUCCUGCGAGCCCAUUCGAUGUCUUUCUUCGCAUUCAGAGCUCUAGCAGCUGGUUUCCUAACCGGAAAAUACAGCGCGGGAAAAUCCGACGGGACUCGAUUCAGCGACAACCAUCCACUCGGAAAAGCAUUUCGAAACUUCUACGGAGCUCCUAAAUUGCAACAAGCGAUGAAGGAUCUAGAGAAUACUUUAGCACCGUUGGGUAUUUCUGGAAGAGAAGCUAGCUUGAGAUGGAUUUAUUAUCGUUCGAACUUGGGAGAUGGGGAUGGGAUCAUUCUGGGUGCUAGCAAAAUUUCUCAGAUAAGAGAGAAUGUUCAGAGUAUAUCUGCUGGACCCCUAUCUGAGGAGGUGGUGCAAAAGAUCGAAGGGAUUUGGGAUUUGUUGGCUGGGGAUAGAGGUGGAAUUUUGUAG